AACACGACAGCAAGCCAAGAAUCAAGAGGCUCGGGGAAGAUGCAGGCGGCGAAGGAGAAGGUGAAGGACGGGGUGAGCGCGGUGAAGGCCAAGACCAAGAUCGCGCAGGCCAAGGCGUCGGAGAAGGCGGAGGCGGCCACGGCGAGGUCGCACGCGGAGCGGGAGCUGGCGCACGAGCGCGGCAAGGCCAAGGUCGCCGCCGCCAAGAUGGAGCUGCACCAGGACAAGGUCCUACACCGGGAGGAGGCCAUCGAGCACCGCAUCCACAAGCACGGCGGCCACGGCCACCACCACCACAAGCACGGCGUCGGCAUCGUGGCCGCGCCCGCGCCGGCGCCCGGGGCAGGGGCGUACUACUCUACUGCUGCACGUCACCACUACUAGCGCUAGCUAGACGGGCACAUUCGCCGACUGUGCAAUAUGAUCCCGCUAGCUAAGCAUGUACUACUUCGUACUGUUUGUGUUUGACAUACCCACGCCGAAAUGC